GUAAGCCAGAGAAGCGAACAAAAACGAGCUUCGGCACACAUUCCGGAAAGUGCCGAUUAAUGAAAACAAAACAUUCCUCGUAACAUUGGUAUUCUCAUUUGAGGAUAAGGUAUGAUGCAGACAGCAACGUCCAGUGGACUUCUCUGUGGAGUGUGGGGGAGACUUUGUGACUGUAAACUGGCCGAUGGGACUGCAGCAUGAACCAGACCUUGAUCCCUCUUUAGUUCGGCUGGGUUACUGCUCUCCAACCAGCAUCUCUGUAAUCCCGGGUGGUGCACAGGUUGUUUUCCCAUUUUUGGAGUGGCGAUGUGGGGCAGAGAUGAUGGCAUUGAAGGAUAAUAUUGUUUGGUCUACUGAGCUGACCUAUAAUUCUGAGUCGGGAGCUGUUUUCCUCCUUCAGGCUGUUGUUUGUAUGUACCAAAGGCCUGAUGGUUGGCUUCCCCAUAUUUUCAGACCUGUCAUUGAAACCUUUGGCACUAGUGAACUGGUGUUCAGUAUGAGUUUGAUGAAUGAUGAUUUCAGUGGUCCAGCGGUGACUAGCCAAUACAAUCUAGGCAACCUCAUCCCCAUUUCUGCCUCGGUGAAUCAGCAGGCCCACCAGCCCUUGCUGCUGUUGCUGGAGGAAUGUCUAGCUUCCACGGAGGACCAGCUGGGGCCUGAGACCUACCCUAUUAUCACCAACAAAGGGUGUUUCACCGAUAGCCGCAAAACCAUGUCCAGGUUCCAACCUCGUCAAAGAAGCUCAGAAAUCCAGUUCUAUUUGCAAGCUUUUGCAUUUGCUCUUAACCAGCCGGUCUACAUCCACUGUAAGCUUGUGGCAUGGGAGGAAAACGGCUUUAACCAAGGGAAGAAGGCCUGCCAUGACAAGAAUGGAAGUUGGGAGCUCCUUGACAACCCGGCCCAGAGUUCCCUCUGCAGCUGCUGUGACUAUGGUGGUGAUUACGGCUGUCAGUCCAGAAAAGGGGAGGGCAAUAGGUGGAAAAGGGAUGACCAGGGAUGCUGUGGUUGGACCGCUGGUUAUUGUCAAUGGGAAAGCCAGUUCAGAACUAGAGACAAGAGAAAAUAAUUACCCAAUAAACAUUUUUCUUUUUGAA